AAGAUGGGAAGAUCGGUGUCAUUUUCGGAUUUCUCCCGAAAGUUGGUCUUCUUCCACUGCCCUGGAUUUCGGUUUUCAGGGGGAAAAGAAAUGGGCCUGAGGAAAAAUGCUGUCGGAAAGCAGUUCGUUUAUGAAGGGCCUGGUGCUAGGAAGUCUCUUUUGCGUACUGGUCACCAUGUUUGGACAGAUGAAGGGCGGUCACGGAAAUAAGCCUCCCCAUCACAAGCACCAUCACGUUCAAGCCCCGAACAAGGACGACGUGGCGAAAAUCUCCCAGGAUGAGCGGCUGGAGCUCAGCAGGAGCAUCCGCGUGUACUGCAUCGUCCUCGUGAAGCCCAAGGAUCUGGGUUACUGGGCCGCCGCCCGGGACACCUGGACCAGACACUGCGACAGAGUGGACUUCUUCAGCUCCGAAAAGGUUAAGGUGUUCGAGUCCAUCAGUCUCGAAACCAGCGACACGUGGACCAUGAUGAGGAAAGCUUACAAGUUCGCCUACGACCAAUACAGGGACGAUUACAAUUGGUUCUUCCUGGCGCACCCGACCACAUUUGCCGUCAUUGAAAACCUGAAAUACUUUCUGCUGAGGAAAGACACCGAGCAACCUUUUUACCUGGGCCACACGGUCAAGUCCGGAGACCUGGAGUACGUGGAUGCCAACGGCGGAAUCGUCUUGAGCCUGGAGUCGCUGAAAAGGCUCAAUGGCGUUCUCCAAGACCCGGCCAAGUGCCCGGAGCAGGGAGGAGUGAUCUGGAAGUUACCCGAAGACAAGCAGCUGGCGGUCUGCCUGAAGUACUCCGGAGUAUUUGCCGAAAACGCUGAAGAUUUUGAAGGGAAGGACGUCUUUAACACCAAGUCGAUCGGGACGCUCAUCAAAGAGGCGAUGUCUAAUCACCCCGAGCGAGUGGCGGAAGGCUGCUGCUCGGACAUGGCCGUUACCUUUAACGGACUCUCUCCUAACCACAUGCACGUCAUGAUGUACGGGGUGUACCGGCUUAGGCCGUACGGACACGCUUUCAAUGACGCGUUGAUUUUCUUACCUCCAAAUGGUUCGGACAACGACUGAAAACUCAGAGCGCGUUACGUUACGGGGGCGACGCAGUCGGUUGUCGUCACCUAGAGAACUUGACUGCACGUCCACGCCAUGGUGUCGGGGGCGGGGGGACGGAUCUGGUGGCAUCGAUGUAUUUUUGCACAUUAAAGUUUAGCAAAAUCUUUUAAAAGGGUUAUUUUUUCCUAAAACUUUUAUAUAAAAAGUAUCGGGUUUCAACCGUGUUGGAGAGGACGUGUUUUAAGAGAAAUGUCUGUGCGGGUAAAGGGUUAGAUUUACAAGAGCUAUUUCCAGAUAUUUCUAUAAAAUUCUAAACAAAUGAACGAGAAUCCAGUGUUCAAUAUAUUUUUGCUAGAUUUUUGACUGUUGGAAUUCCUUUGUGCUACUAUCUUUAUAUCUUUCUAAGAUACGCCAUUUAAGUCCAAGUUAAAAAUCGCUGGAUGUGAAUUUGCUAUUAAAGUGCAACUUACAGCUCA